UGUGGUCUGUUUGGAGACAUUGUUGAGCAGAGGCUAACACCAACACAAACUCAGGCUUGUACAGCAGCAGAUAGAAUCAUGGCUCUGGUGAUGUUUGGACUCCAUCUCCAUCUCCUGCUCUACUCCAUCUCAGGUCUCUCACCUAGUGACUUAAAUAACCAGCUUCCUUCACCUACAGUGCUGGCUGCAGUAGAAGACCUGAAAAGAUUCGACCCAUGUUGCCUACAGAGUCCGCCUCCACCCCCCCUGUUCCCACCCCCACCCCACGUGUGGAGAAGGGGUCAGGUGUUUGGAGAAUAUGUGGAGGCUGAAAGAGGAAGAGGAUGUGAUGAAGAAGAUGUGAUACUGCACUGUCUGGCUGGAACUCCUGGACCUCCUGGACCUGAUGGACCACCGGGCCAGAACGGCAUUCCAGGAGUACAGGGGCCCAAGGGAGAUAAGGGAGAUAUGGGCCGACCUGGAUCCAAGGGACGCACUGGCCGGCCUGGUCUUCCUGGAAGGCCGGGCUCUGCAGGAUGGCCCGGUCCUGAGGGACCCAAAGGAGAGAAGGGAGACCAUGGACUAAUGGGAGAACCUGGGCUGAGAGGACCAGUGGGAGCCAAGGGCCUGGCUGGAUACAAAGGGGAGAAGGGGUCACAAGGAGAAUUAGGAGUAACAGGGCCAAAGGGAGAUAAGGGUGAAAGUGGGCACGCUGGCAUGCUGGGUCAGAAGGGUGAAACAGGACCAAAGGGAGAGCCAGGUGUGACAGGGACACGAGGUCUGACAGGACGCACAGGCAAAAGAGGAAAGCAGGGAUCUGAAGGAGAGACUGGUCGUGCAGGACCAAUGGGACCAUCUGGCUCUCCGGGACCCAGUGGACAGCCAGGAGCCCCUGGACUCUCUGCCUCAGUACUGUAUGUAGGGGGACAGAAAGGUGAGAUGGGGACGCCAGGUCCUCCUGGACAAUGUGACUGCAGCUCCUCUGAUGUGAACGGUCCUGGUAGUGCUUCACUGCAGCGCCGUGACAAAUACACCAGAGUUUCAGCGAUAUUUGUGGUGAACAGUGAGAAGGAACUGAAUGACGUCCACACAGAUAACACACUGGCUUUCUGCAAGGAACAGACGGCUCUCUACUUUAAAGACACGGAUGGUUGGAAACCCAUUCAGCUUCCAUUACACUCCAUAGAGAGGAGGAAGAAGAGAGGAGCAUGGAUGUGUGGGGAUGGAGUGGUGCAGCCGCUCAACGGGGAGGAGUGUGACGACGGAAACAAAGUGGUGACAGAUGAGUGUGUGGGCUGCAGAAAGGCUUACUGUGGAGAUGGAUAUUACCACCGUGGUGCUGAACAGUGUGAUGGAAAGGACUUUGGCUAUCAGACCUGCAAGACAUACAUGCCAGGGACAUUUGGACAGCUCAGAUGCACCGGUUCCUGCAGUAUCGACUCGACCGGCUGCAAGUAUGUCACCUGAGCUCCUGACACGUGUGUGUACACAUGAGGACACAAACAGGUCAGCCUGAAGUUCUCAAAGUGAGGAGCUCUGAUCAGGACACACACUCAGUGUGGAGGGGGUUCAUAAAAAUUAGGACU